CCAACUCCUUCUCUCUAAAGAGAUCCUCUGAGAGUAAUCUCUCCAGCUCUACCUCACUGAUACACUAAUCAAUAAUGAUUGACAUGUUCAAAUGAAAUGUUUGCACAGCACUUUGUGUGUAAUUUCAGUUCUGGUUAGUAAAAUUGCGGAGGUAAGUGAGGAGCGAGGCUGACGAGGGCACUGACUCAGGGGCAGAAGGAUCACUACACUUAAUUUAGUGUUCAAAAACAUCCUGUACAUUUUCACCAGUGUUUAUGAUUUAAAUAUUACAUUAUUUAGUUCAUGCCAUCUGUGUUGCUAAUCUUCCACACUGUAUUAUUGUCAUUUGCUAUGAAGGUCACUGUGAAGAUUUACUGUAUAUAAGCAAAACUAAAAAAAAGAAUAAUUAAACAAAUAAACGUUCAUUUCCUCAUUUAAAACAGAAAUGUCUUUACUUCACUUUUUCAUGACCUUCUGCUGUAAUAGAUUAACAGAGCAAUAAAAAGUAAAACAGACAAAAACACAAGACCGCUCUGCAUAAAAUAAUACUACAUUAUAAACACAGCUAUAAUCUGUCUUUAUUUACUAAAGAUCUUUCCUUUAUUUAAGAGGAUUUUUUUUAAAGCAAAGAAACAGACAAUAAUAUUGUUUAAUUUAUUUAUCAUGUAUUAAAGAAGGCGUGAGGGACGACUUGGUGUCUGUUGGUGAAUACAGAACAUCUCCAUGGCUGUGGUGUUGGUAACCACUGCUUACUGCUGUAGAGAAAUAAUCACACAGCAAAGUGAAACUAAACGAGCAGCUUCUGUUCCCUGGUAACACGCACUGUAACACUAACAUGGAAUAUUUCUAAGAAUUAAAACCCAUCACAAAUCAAGUACAUUAAAAUCAUAUAUCUUACAUACACAAUAUAAUUACAAAACAUUAAAACGUUAAUAAAACUUAAAGUCUAUCACUUCCUGGUGAGUGUCCCAAUUAAUGCAUUUUUAUAAACCAGAAUUUACACCUUUACAUACUUACACUUUCUGUUAGUGACCCAUCCCUAGAGACAGAGAGAGAGACAGAGAGAGAGAGAGAGAGAGAGAGCGUUUAUACUCCACCCACUGGAAGCUACACCUAAUCUAACCUGUUUCCUGGGCUGAGACACUUUGGACCUGCUGAAGUCUGCUGGAGGCCACACAAAAGUUUGUGUUUACUGCACACGCCCUCAACAAAGACAGAGAAGUGCACUGAACUGCAAAAGAGAAGUACACUGAGGAGUGAUGGAGGGAAAGAGAUCAGACUCACCAGAACUCAGCUGUGUGUCCAUGAAGAGUGAAGAGUCAAUGGAAGAGCCAAAGAACAUUAGAGACAGAGACAGUUCUACUGAUGUGAGAGUGAUGGAGGGAAAGAGAUCAGACUCACCAGAACCCAGCUGUGUGUCCAUGAGGAGUGACCAGUCAGCGCUCCGUCCAAUUGAUCUCAGAGAUGGAGACCAAAUAGCACAAUCAGAGAAAUCAGAGAGCAGAAAUCAGCUGGAGUCCAUAUUCAAUGAGCUGGAACACAAAGUCAUCACUCUAAUAAAGAACGAACUGAAGAGGUUUGAGAAGCUCCUGAGCCCAGAUUACCCAGCAUGCACCGAGAGAGAGGUGGAGGAUGAGGAGGAUCUGCACAGUGUGAGAGAGGGAGCGCUGAAGAUCACACUGCACGUCCUGAAGAACAUGAACCACACAGAUCUCGCAGAUACACUGAAGAACAAACUUGUCCAGGUGUCUGAGUAUCAGCAAGAUCUUAAAUUCAACCUCAGAAAAAAGUUAAAAAGAAUUAAUGAAGGCAUCUCACAGUAUGGAAGCUCAGCUCUUCUAAAUGAGAUCUACACAGAGCUCUACAUCACAGAGGGUGGGAGUGGAGACGUCUGUAAUGAACAUGAGGUGAGACAGAUUGAGACAGAGUCCAGGAGAGCAGCAACACAGGAGAAACCCAUCAAAUGUAAUGAUCUCUUUAAAGACAAGUCCAUCAGAAGUGUGCUGACCAAAGGAGUUGCUGGAAUUGGAAAAACAGUCUCCGUGCAUAAGUUCACUCUGGACUGGGCUGAAGGAAAAGCAAAUCAGGACGUCACCUUCAUGUUUCCACUUCCCUUUAGAGAGCUGAAUCUGAUGAAGCAGGAAAAUCCCAGUCUGAUGGACCUUCUUUACACGUUUUUCCCUGAAGUUAAGGACUUGAAAGUAAUAACCUGUGACAGCAAAGUCCUGUUCAUCUUUGAUGGUCUGGAUGAGUGUCGACUUCCUUUAAAUUUCCAGGACAAUGAGAGAUUGUGUGAUGUGACCGAGUCAGCCUCAGUGGAUGUGCUGCUGACAAACCUCAUCAAGGGGAACCUGCUUCCCUCUGCUCUCCUCUGGAUCACCUCUCGACCAGGAGCAGCCAAUCAGAUCCCUCUUGAGUAUAUAGACCAGGUAACAGAGGUACGAGGGUUCAGUGAUCCUCAGAAAGAGGAGUACUUCAGGAAGAGGAUCAGUGAUGAGAGCCUGGCCAAUAAAUUUAUCUCACAUGUGAAGUCUUCAAGAAGCCUCUACAUCAUGUGCCACAUCCCAGUCUUCUGCUGGAUCUCAGCCACUGUUCUAGAGAGAAUGUUGGGUGAAGCAGAUAGUGGAGAGAUCCCCAAGACUCUUACUCAAAUGUUCACACAUUUCCUGAUCUUUCAGAUCAAACACAAGGACCAAAAGUAUCAUCAGAAAUGUGACCCUGAUCCUGAGAAGACCAGAGAGAGUAUCAUGGCACUGGGAAAACUGGCUUUCCAACAGCUGGAGAAAAGAAACCUGAUCUUCUAUGAGGAAGACCUGAGAGAGUGUGGCAUUGAUGUGAGAGAAGUGUCAGUGUACUCAGGAGUGUGUACACAAAUCUUUAGAGAGGAGUCUGGGCUUCACCAGGGGAAGGUCUUCAGCUUUGUACAUCUGAGUGUUCAGGAGUUUCUGGCUGCUUUAUACGCAUUUCUCUCUUUUAUCAGCAGAAAUGUAACCAAACAACAAACCUCUGAUCUGUCAGAUCUUUUUACCAAGAAAAACAUUCCUGCUUUCCUGAAGUGUGCAGUGGACAAGGCCUUACAGAGUGAGAAUGGACACCUAGACCUGUUCCUCCGCUUCCUUCUGGGUCUCUCACUGGAGUCCAAUCAGACGCUCCUACGAGACCUAAUGCCACAGACAGGAAACAGCUCUCACAGCAAACAGGAAACAGUUAAGUACAUCAAGAAGAAGAUCAGGGAGAAUCCAUCUCCAGAGAAAUCCAUCAAUUUAUUUCACUGUUUGAAUGAACUGAAUGAUCAUUCUUUAAUGCUGGAAGUAAAAAAGUAUCUGAACAGAGGAGGUUACAGUCGUCUCAGUGGAACAGGACUCUCUCCUGCUCAGUGGUCAGCUCUGGUGUUUGUAAUGCUCAACUCAGAACAGGAGCUGGAUGUGUUCAAUUUAAGGACAUAUGACCCAUCAGAGCAAUGUCUUCUGAAGCUGAUGUCUGUGGUAAAAGUCUGCAGAAAAGCUGAUCUGCGUGAAUGUAAUCUGAAAAAGGAGAGCUGCAGAGUUCUGUCCUCAGUCCUCAGCUCAAACUCCUCCAGACUGAGAGAACUGGACCUGAGUCACAAUAAACUUCAGGACUCAGGAGUGAAGCUGCUCUCUGCUGGACUGGAGAAUCCACACUGUACACUGGAGAAACUAAGGCUGUGGGAGUGUAAUCUGACAGAUGAAAGCUGUAGAGUUCUGUCCUCAGUUCUCAGCUCAAACUCCUCCAAUCUGAGAGAACUGAACCUGAGUGGCAAUGACCUGCAGGAUUCAGGAGUAAAGGUACUCUGUACUGGACUGAAGGGUCCACACUGUACACUGGAGACACUGAGGAUAUGGGAAUGCAACAUUACAGAUGAAGGUUGUGUUGCUUUGGCUUCAGCUCUGAGUUCAAACCCCUCAUCACACCUGAGAGAACUGAAUCUUAAUGGUAACAAAAUAGGAAAAUCAGGGAUGGAGAUGCUCUCUGCAAUACUGAAAAACUCAAAUUACAAACUGGAGAAACUACAUGUCACCAUAAUGUACCAUUCAGUAUGACUCUCAGGACCCUGACACUGAUAAAUACAUUCUUCUAUAUCAUCAUUUACUAUGUGUAUAACCCUUUACUAUUUAAAUCAAGAAUUGUUUUCAUACUACUGUUUCACUGUAUCA